ACCCGCGCUAAACAAAUACCUUAUCCCUCUUGACUUCAACCAAUCUGAAAAAGAGAAUAGGGAUGGAUGCUUUGGAUUCAGUUUUCGAUCCAGUCAGAGAUUUUGCCAAGGACAGUAUUCGUCUAGUCAAGAGGUGCCACAAGCCUGAUCGUAAAGAAUUCACGAAGGUGGCGACUCGAACAGCGAUUGGAUUCGUGGUUAUGGGUUUUGUCGGAUUCUUUGUCAAGUUGAUUUUCAUUCCCAUCAACAACAUUAUUGUUGGUGCUACUUAAUUCUUUAGGAUACGAGGAGAUGGCUAAAAAGAAUCUAAAUUUUGGACACGGGUACGUGGAUACAUCUUUCAAACUUCAAAUUUUUUACUAACUCAAGAUGUUAUUUUGGAUAGACCAACAAUCAAUUGUUCACAAAGAAGGAAAUAGUAUUGAAUAAGGGGUUAAGACGAAUAAAAUAAAAUUUUGGGGUUUAAUUUUCAAUUAUGAAAAAUUAAUUACUAAAUAUUAUAUAAAAUAGAAAAUGAGAGACUUGAAUACAAUUUGGAUCUAGUGGAGCGUUAUGUAGUAUUAUGUGAAACUCAUUUUCAUUUUAUAUAAACAAAACUUUAAACCACUGAUACAGAGAGAGGAAAGAAGGAAACAGAAACAAAAGGGAAAGAAAAAAGGAAUAAGAAGGGAAAAUCUAGUGCCGUUGCCUUUCUCCACCCUUUCGGAGGUGGCGCUAGGUUUAUAGAGAGUAAAAAAAAAAAA